CUGCCGGCGGGUGUGGCCCGGCUGAGGGGAAAGAUGCGACACCUCUGGGUGCAUCCCCUCUGGGUGCAAGCGACAGCGAAGGAUAUGAGGAGCCGAGGCAGGACAGUCGGCAGCUCCCGGCGGCACAGCUCCUCGGGCCAGCUGCUCAAUUCCUCCAGGGGGACGGCGCUCGCCGAGACGGCGCCUUCCUGAGACAUGUUUUUGCCCCGCAACCAGCUUCAAAUCAGUCCCGCCACCGCCGAGACCGGAAACGCCGCCGUCCCGGCAGGCCUUGCGAGCUCUCCGACGGCGCCAAUACCAUAGAGAGGGAGCGGGCUGCGCUCCUUGUUGAGCCCGGCGCGGCUGUGAAAAGGCGGGCCUCUCUGGCCCGCGGAGGACUCGACUCACUGGUGCGCGCUUUCAGCCCCGAGCAUCUGGCGUGACAUGAGGUUUCUACACGCGGCCGUGAGCUGGGAACUGGCGGAGCUGUGAGCAUCCCAAGGUCUAGAUUACUGUCUUUGUUGUUACAUUGAGGCGCUUUGGGGAGGUGAAGGCCUUAAACAGAAAGAAAAGCAAAGACCUCUAAAAAGUCAUUUGGAAACAUCUCUAAAUAUUUGUAACUGUAUAAGCCACUACAGAGAAAGUGACCCAAACAAAACUACUUAAAUAACUGAAACAGGUUUAUGUUGUGUGUCAUCAAUUCUAUCCAGAAGCUGAGGAGUCUCCCUUUGAACUGAAGGAUUGUACGAGGAUGACCUUCCAAUUUAAUUUCACUAUAGAAGACCAUCUGGAUAAUGAAUUAACGCCCCCUGGAGAUGGAACUUUGACCCCAAAUUCCUCAAAAGAGUCUUCAGUCUCAGAAAGUCAAAAAGGUAAACACGAGGACACAAAAUGUUCUACAGAGCAGUCUGUCUUGCCUCCGAAUCACUCGUGGGGACCUACGUCAGUGGGACAUGCAGCCCCCUCCCAAGACACAUGCAACUCACUCAAUGCAGCUCACAGUUCAGGGAACUUAGAGCCUCAUGAAAAACAGCCUUGCUUGAGACUUGCCAAAGAGCAUGCUGUGCCUAAAGAUUUAAAGAAAGUGUUAGAAAAUAAAGUCAUAGAAAUAUUACCAGGUCUCCAGCACGUUAACAUAUCAGUAGUGAAAACCAUCUCGUUGAAAGAGAAUUUCCCUGGAGAAAACAUCGUUUCAAAGACCUUUUCUUCUCACUCUGAUCUGAUUACCGGUGUUUAUGAAGGAGGUUUAAAAAUCUGGGAAUGUACCUUUGACCUCCUGGCUUAUUUCGCAAAGGCCCAAGUGAAAUUUGCUGGGGGGAAAGUGUUGGAUCUUGGCUGUGGAUCAGGGUUGCUGGGUUUAAUUGCACUCAAGGGAGGGGCCAAAGAAGUUCAUUUUCAAGAUUAUAACAGUUUGGUGAUCGACGAAGUAACUUUACCUAACGUGGCAGCUAACUCCACUUUGGAAGAUGAAGAAAAUGAUGGAAAUGAGCCGGAUGUGAAAAGAUGCAGGAAACCAAAAGCAGCACAAAAACUAGGUCAAUGCCGGUUCUUUUCUGGGGAGUGGUCUAAGUUUUGUAAGCUUGUAACCAGUGAAAAACAUUUUGAAAAAUAUGACCUCAUUCUCACCUCAGAAACGAUUUACAAUCCGGAUUACUAUGAUACUUUGCACCAAACAUUCCUUCAAUUGUUAGGUAAAAAUGGGCGGGUGCUUUUGGCCAGCAAAGCACAUUAUUUUGGUGUAGGUGGAGGUGUUCAUCUCUUUCAGAAGUUUGUAGAAGAAAGGAAUGUAUUUAAGACUAGAACACUUGAAAUAAUUGAUGAAGGACUAAAAAGAUUCCUAAUUGAAAUGACUUUUAAGUAUCCUAGUUAAUGUCCACGAGUGUCAUAAGUAAAAUAAACAGAAUAACUAAAAACUU